AUGUUCCAGCAGUAUGUCCUCGAAGAGCAAGAGGUGAAAGAGACUCUUUUCCAUCUCAUGGAAGAGCCUGCGCAGGAGUACGAUACUGCGAAAGGCAUGUGGGAGGCCUUAAAAGAGAAGUUUGGUGCCACAUCGGCAACUAAACUUAGGAGACUUAAUCAAAAGUUUAAUGACUAUAAGAAGCGCCCAAAUCAUUUGAUGAGGCAGCAUCUCAGAGUCAUGUCAAACAUGAUUAGAGAGCUCAAAAAUGCUGGUCAAAUUAUAUCUAAUAAACAGCAAAUCCAAGCGGUUCUCCGCUCGUUACCUGAAAGUUGGGACCAUAUAAAGGUUCAGAUGACACUUAAUGUCAAUGUUAAGACAUUUGAAGAUAUAUCACGUCAUCUUGAGUUAGAAGAUGAGCGCCUAGAGGCUGCUAAACCUUUUAACGAAGCCAACUUUGCAAAAUCAAACGGGGAUUUGAAAUGCAAGAGAGGUAACAAGGGAUAUAAGGCUCCAAGUCAUACUGAUCCUAAGAGGCAAAAGAAAUAUGCCAAACAUGGAAAGCGUGGAGGCAAGAAGGAUAAGACCAAUUUAAAAUGCUAG